AUAUUCUAUAAUACAUAAGAGAUCGAAUACUAUCGAGUUCCUCGAAGACGGUAGUGGCUCCAAAAAACGAAGAAACUUGCGUCGCCUUUUGUAUCUUUUCUUCCAGCCAUACUUGAGGACAAUAAUAGAUUUGGCUGGAACCUACUGGCUGAUUAAAUAAAUAGGAUUGUCUCUCUCUAUCUAUUUGGGGAUCAUGGAAAGUCAGCAGCAAUUUUGCCUACGUUGGCACAAUUUUCAAAACACACUUCUCAGCUCGUUACCAAAAUUGCUGGAUGGAGGAUAUUUAACAGACGUCACCCUAAGCGCAGGUGGAAGGCAUAUUCGAGCUCACAAAAUCAUUCUCUCAGCUUGCAGCUACUAUUUCAAGGAGCUGUUCAAGGAUUUCAGUAUUCAACAACAUCCGGUCAUAGUACUUCCAGGGACAGAGUAUGCAGAUCUAUGCGCAUUGGUAACAUUUAUGUAUAAUGGAGAAGUGAACAUCUACCAAGAACAGCUGCCAGCAAUCUUAGCUAUGGCAGACACCCUUCACAUUCGAGGAUUAGCUGAUAUUGCCGGGAAGGAAUCUAAACCCGAUAAUGGUGCUUACGUUCGGUCUCCAUUUUUGGAUCGAGAAAAAGAUUCGUUGGAGACAAUGCCGACAGCAAAUUUAAAUGAGAAUACAAUACAUCUGGCUAAAGCACAACCGGUAACUGCAGCGCUGUUACACAAUAAUCUUGAAGAGGAAUCGUCAAACGAACAGCAAGAUACGCCAUAUAGUCUCAAAAUAAAGCCUUACUAUUCCAUAAAUGAGAAAUUGAAUCAAAGAGAGAAAAAAUCUUUUGGUAGUAAUAUUCAAACUUCUGCUAAUAUUGAUAAAAAUGUUCGCAUUGACGAAUCUUUAAACGAAUGUAUGCCUCUCGCCGAAGACAAUAAUUCUUUGCUCACCAAUUCAAAACCCGCUCCAGUUUUAGAGUCGGAUAAUCCGAAUUUUGGUUUUUUAACUGCAUCGAUAAUAAACAGAAGCGCUUCGCAAGCGUGCAACAAAACCAGCGUUACGUGUCUAAUUUGCGGCAAGCAAUUGAGUAACCAAUAUAAUUUACGUGUUCACAUGGAAACACACAACAACAGUUCGUACAGCUGCACCGCUUGCCCGCAUGUGUCUCGUUCUCGCGAUGCCCUAAGGAAACACGUUUCGUACAGACACCCUGUUGCCUCUCCCCAAAAACGCCCAAGAUGCAGUUCAACUAAACCCUAGGGAACAAUUAGUUUUCAUAGACUAAACUUUGUCCCAAUAAUCCCUCGCCUACAGUUCCUCGAUGCCUCUAGUGUUCAAAUUGUUAUAGUUUUCUUGUUAUUGUUAAAAUAUUUUAAUAAAGACAACUUAGAAGUACAAUUAUUUAUUGCCCUGUAUAAAUGGAAUUGUAUCCAAUGUUAGGUUGAAAUUACUGAACCGUAUCAUUAUCAUUCGAAUAUUUUUCACUCAGUAUUAUCAAUUGUCAUGCUUAUGUGUGUGGAUUUAUAAACAUUACCCAAACGUGUAUUCAUAUUUUUCAAGAGAACGAUUGGGGUUUAGCUUUGAACUUGAAAACAAUUAUUCUGUCUCUACACAGUGUACAAUAUUUUUUGAUAAUGGGGAAAGACAACUAAAGAAGAAUUACUAAUUUGUGAUUUUUCCAAACGUCCAAAUUAUUUGUCAUAGUCGUAAUAUUCAAUAUGAAUUUCAUUAUGCAGUAAUUAUUACAGCUGAGGUGUGCUUUAUAUAUGAAAUGUUAGAACUAAGAUUUAUCAACGAAUCCAUUUAUUUCCGAAUCAAUUGAAUUUAAUGUACGUCAUUUUUAUGUCAUAGUUUUCAUAAAAAUGAGGUUUGUUGUCUUGCCUCUGUAAGUUACUGGAAUUGUAUUUCAGAAAAAUUGACAUCAGUUUAUAGAACCUGAAAUUACGCCAGAUCAUUAUAUAUAAUCAGAUUAUGUUAACCCUAUGGAAUGAAAUUAUAGAUAAUUAUUUACGAAUGCAGUUUUCAAAAAUUGAAGAAAAAAUAUAAAUAUUGACUCCUUGUAUUUCUUCAA